AUGAAUAAAUACUUAGUAAAUCUUGAAUAAGAUGGAUCUUUUCCUGAUACUCAUGAUAAAGUAUAUUGCUUAAAUUCAAAUGAUUACCUAACGAUAGUUCUAAACUCAGUAAAGUUUCUUAAAUUCACUCCAUUACUAUUGACAAAUUACCCAUCUAUGAAUCCUCACAAAAACUCAUAUCAACACCCAAAAGCCCCAGAAAUAACUUAAUUUACAACCAAUGAACUAAAGAAAGAAGACUUAUAGAAAUAAUAUAAGGUGUUUUCUGGAUUUUUUAACACAGAGGGUUAAUGGUAAGUAGAUUUGCACAUAUAAGAUUUUGAUGGCUCGCUAUAUUUAUAAGUUAUAUUUUUAGAAGAUAGAUUUGAAGAUAAAAAAGAAAAUAUAAAACUUGCAUCUUUUGGUAAACCUGAAUGGAUAAUGGUAUAACCAAUAAGCACUAUGGACUCUUCUCUUUUGAAAAUCGAUGAAUUGAUAAUUUAAACUGUACUUCCUUACAGUCUUGGCCCUAGCUCUAAAUGGCUUGAAAUUCUAAAAAAUCAAACUUAAUUAGGAUAUAAUGGAUUCCAUUUCCCUCCAAUCUAAUAGUUAGGAUAUUCAGGUUCUUAUUAUUCGAUUAAUGACUAAUUAAAAAGCAAUUCUACGCUUUUUGAAGAUAACGGAAGCUUUGAUUAAAUCAAAUAAAUAAUAUAAGAUCUCCAAAAAUAGACUAAAGCCGUUUGUUUUGUGGAUAUUUUACUUAACCAUACUUCGUUUGAUAGUGAAUGGCUUUUAGAAUGUCCUGAUGCUGUUUACAGCAAUUUGAAUACACCAUGUUUGUGCUCUGCUAUUGAAUUAGAUGAAGCUAUUGCAUAAUUUAGUGAUGCUUUAUCAAGAAAAGAAGUAAAGGAAUAUUACAAUGGAUCUAAUAGAAUAGAAAACGAAGAUCAAUUAAACGCAGUAAUGGAAAUUAUGAAAGAAAGAAUAUUUUAUGGAUUAAAAUUAGUUGAAUUCUUUUUGUUUGAUAAUGAAGUUAUUAUUAAAUAAUUAAGAGAUACACUCAAUAGGCAUAAUAUUUAAAUUUUCUAAAAAGAAAUAGAAGUUGAUGAAGAUGAAAAUAUAUUUGCAAGAUCUGGAUUUGAUAUUAUUAAUAAUUAUAUUUAAUAAAAUGUAUUUAAUAUAGGCGCAAAAAGAUUCGGCGUUUCAGUUGAUUUUGAAAAAUUAAUUAUUGAAAAUAUUAAAGAAAAACCUUAAUAGUAUUGCAUUUAAGCAUUUGUAAGAUCUAUUGAUUUAUGGAAUAAUUAAUGGAGAGAAAAAAUUUCUUCAUAUAUAGAAUAAGCUAUUUCUUCUACAUAUGGAUAAAUUAGAUAUUGGCAUAUAGAAUUAUAGAAACAUCAAGUAACUUUAAACUAUACACUUGUUCCGAGAUAUUUUACUAAACUUAAAAAUGGAACAUUUGCUGCUAAUAAUGGAUGGAUUUAAGAUUAUGAUCCUUUAAAAAUUUUUACAGAUGAUGGGGAAUACCAUUAUUUAAGAAGAACCAUUAAUAUUUGGGGAGAUUUAGUUAAAUUAAGAUAUGGUAAUUCAAAGAAAGAUUCACCUGGAUUAUGGAAAAGAAUGAAAUAAUAUGUAUAAUUAAUGGCUCGAAUAUUCCAUGGAUUCAGAUUAGAUAAUGCGCACUCAACUGCUUUAAAUGUAGGAGAAUAUUUUAUGAGAAAAGCAAGAAAUUAAAAUAAAAAUUUGAUGAUUUUUGCAGAAUUAUUUACCGGAAAUGUUACUAAAGAUGCAAUUUUUUGCAAAAAAAUAGGUAUUAAUGCACUGGUAAGAGAAACAAAUCAUAAUAAAAGCUCUUUAGAUAUUUUCGGAUAAUUUUGCUAUUUAUCUAGAGUAUCAAAAUAUGGUGUAGGAUCUUUAGAUAAAUUAAUAUAAAUUAAUUUAUAAAAUGGAGAAAAGAAAGAAAUUUUAGUGCCUACAUAACCUAAAAGUAUUGUCUAUGAUCAAACACACGACAAUUAAUCUAUAUUAUCAUAAUUUUCUUUGUAAUAAACUUUAUCUUUAAUUGCUUUAACUUCUUUUUGUCCUUUUAUAAAAGGUACAGUAAGAGGAUUUGAUGAACUUUAUCCAGAAAAAUUAAGUGUAGUAGAUGAAAGGAGAAAAUAUUUAGCAUAAUUAGAUUGUACUGAAGUUCAUUUAAAAGAUUCGCCAAUUGAAGUUAUUUUAACGUUAAAAUUACAUAGCUUAACUGAAAAUGCAGAAGUUAGAGGCGAUUGGGAUAAUUGGGCAGAUGGUGUAAAAAUGAAUUUACUUUCUUCUAAUGAAUGUAAUUAUAUAUAUUUCGCUAAAGUUUUGGUUUCUUAAUGUGAUAAGGUAUAUGAAUACAAAUAUAAUAUAAAUGGAGAAUGGCAUGUAGAUCAAAAUAAAGAGAUUAGAAAUGGGAAUAAUUUUUUUUAAACAGGUGGAAAAGCAAAUACUUUAAGUUACUCAGAUAAUUUAUGUGUUGCUAGAAGAGAAUUUAUUAAAUAUAAUAAUGUUUUAUGCGAUUAAUAUCCUUUUACUUUCUUAUCUCAUCAUGCUUACGGAUUUGUUUGUAUUAUGAGGGAAAAUUAAACUAAAGAUAGCUUCUAUUUCUUAAUUUCUAGAACUGCUUAUAAUGAAAAUGAUCAUAAAGUUGAUGUCGAAAUUGAAUGUCCUGGGAUUAUUGAAAAUAUAGAAGCUAUAUUCUAAAUGAAUGAGUUUGUUGAAGGUCAUUAAAGUGCAAAUUGUUAAAAAAAUUAAGAAUUUUUGUAAGGAUUGAAAACUAAAGUUUUUUAAGAAUUCAAUAUUUUAAAAUAUGCAGAAAUUAGAUUCUGUUCUUUAAGAAAAAAAUCAGUUUUACAUUUUUUUAAUGCUCCCCCUUCAUUAUCUGUUGUUAUUAAAUGCACCCUUGAUAAAUCUUAGAAACAAGCGAUUUAAAGCUUAAAUAAACUCUUAGAUGAAGAAAAUUAAAAGUAAGCAUUUAAAUUAUUUUAAGAUUUAUCCUCUAGCGAAAUAAAUUUCUUAUUAUUUUCUUGUUAAAGUGAAGAAAGAGAAACAACUGGUUUUGGAAUGUAUCAUAUUGCUAAUCAAGGAGAUUUAUUAUUUGGAGGAUUAGCAGCUAUUUUCCAUGAAGUCGAUUAGGCGUUAAUAUAUAAUGAUUUAGGAAAGAACUUGUUCCAUAAUUUGAGAGAAGGAUAUUGGUAUUUAGAUUAUAUAAUAAAUAGAUUAGUAAAACAAGCAGGAAAUCUAACCAAAGUAGCCAAUUAUUUUAAACAAUAUUUUGAUUUGUUAAAAACUAUUCCAAAAUAUUUAAUACCAACAUAUUUUUGUAAAUUUAUCAAUACUUUCAAAUCCCAUAUCCAUGCAAAAAUUUAACACAGAAUGAAAGAAAACAAAGUAAAAUUAAACUCUCGUUUUCACAGCGAUCUUUUAUUAGCAAGCUACUAAUUUUUAGCAGAGAUACCCUCUUCUAGUUUUUAAAACUAUAAAAUUUCAAUGUCUGCUGGGCUUCCUCAUUUUACCACUGGAUGGACACGUUGUUGGGGAAGAGACACUUUUAUUUCUUUUAGAGGUCUUUUGUUAAUAUCUGGACUUUAUGAAGAUGCUAAAUCGAUUAUCUGUAUGUUUGGAAGUACUUUAAGACAUGGAUUAAUUCCCAAUUUACUUGAUGGAGGAAAAAGUCCUCGAUAUAAUUGCAGAGAUGGAUGCUGGUGGUGGAUUAAAGCAGUUAAAGAUUAUGUUGAAUUCACUAAUGAUACUGCCUUUUUGAAAUAAGAAAUUAAUAUGUAAUUCCUAAGUGAUGAUAUGCUGGAAGAUUAGAAACUUAAAGCUGAACAUAAAACUAAAAAAAUGACUAUUUAGGAUAUUAUUCAAGAGAUCUUCACUAAGCAUGCUUAAGGUAUAAAAUUUAGAGAAUGGAGAGCUGGUUGUGAAAUAGACUCUAAUAUGGAAACUGAAGGGUUCAAUAUAGCAUUAAAAAUGGAAGAGACUAAUGGGUUUAUCUUUGGCGGAAACAUGAAAAAUUGUCUCACUUGGAUGGAUAAAAUGGGUUCUUCAGUUAAGGCUGGUAAUAAAGGUGUUCCAGGAACUAGCAGAGAUGGAGCUCCUGUAGAAAUGACUGCUUUACUAAAAUGCUGCUUGAACUUUUUAAUUAACUGUAAAGAUUAUCCUUAUGCAUAUGUAUAAAUUUCAAAAGAUAGAAAAAUUACAUUUGUUGAAUGGGCAUAACUUAUUUAAUUGAAUUUCGAAAAAUUUUAUUGGAUUCCAGAAGAAAAUAUUAAUCCUCUUCAUGAAAAAUACAUUCUUAGAAAAGGUAUUUAUAUGGACACUUAUAAAUCUCAUAAUAUAAGGUGUGAUUAUUUGUUAAGGCCUAAUGCUUGUAUCGCUAUUGCUGUGGCUCCUGAACUUUUUGAUUUAAAACAUGCCGAACAUUAUUUAGAUAUUGUAGAAAAAAAUCUUUUAGAAUAAAACAGUAUUGGAAUUAAAACCUUAGAUCCAUUGGCUCCUGAAUAUGUUCCUUAUUAUGAUAAUGCUGAUGAUACUGUAUAACCUAAAACUGCUCAUGGAUUUAGUUACCAUAAUGGUCCUGAAUGGGUAUGGUUGUAUGGAUAUUUUGUUAAAGCCAUUUUGGAAGUAAGAAAGAAAUAAAAUGGAUUUACUAAAUAAAAAUUAAUGGGUCAUUUAGCUAAUCAUAAAAGACAUAUAUAAACUAGUCCUUGGCUGUCUUUGCCUGAGUUAACUAAUCAAAAUGGAAGUUAUUGCCCUUUUUCAUGUUAAAGCUAAGCCUGGUCAAUUGCUACUUUAAUAGAAGUUUGCUUUGAUAGCGAAUAACUAUAAAAUAAUUGA